AUGGACCCCCGUACCAGAGCCCAGGAUGUGAUGCGAUGUGACCUGUGUGAGACCGCUAUGGUAAAGAUACACUGUGAUACAUGUCUUGUCAAUCUGUGUACAGCUUGUGUAGGAAUACACUUCUCUGCUGAUUUUGCAAAACCUCAUAAAAUUGUUGAUUUCAAGGACAGAAAAUCUACCCCUCUCUAUCCUGGAUCUUCAGAUAAACAUGGAUGCAGCAUGAAGACAACACAGAAAUCACCAGAAGCUAGAUCCUCUCCUCCGGUCAGACAGCUGCUUGAUCAACCAGAGACUGUCACCACCAUAAACAUUGGGUAUGAAUUCCUUUUUAAUGUGGUCUGUCUAAGUGAUGAAGAAAUAUGGACAAAAGGAGUUGGCAACACCAUGAAACUCUACAGCAUCAAUCAGGGAUCACUGCUCAAGUCAAUCACAACAAAUACCUCCUCUGGUGAUCGCCUAGUUAUCGUGGAAAGUAUUGAUUACAUGCAAACAAAAGUCGUCCGUUACUACGGUUCCACAGAGAAACAAACCAUUCAGUCUGAUGAUAAAGGUAAACCUCUCUAUUCAUCUGGUUUUUGUAAUAUCACUGAGAACAGGAACCUUGAUAUCUGUGUGUCUGACCCUGAAGCUAAAGCAGUAGUGGUGGUCAAUCAGGUCGGGAAAUUGAGAUUCAAGUACACUGGACAUACUCCUGCUCCAAAGAAUGAACAAUUCUAUCCACAAGGAAUCACCACAGACAUUCAAAGUCACAUCCUUACGGCUGAUAAUAGCAAUAAGUGUGUCCACAUCAUAGACCAGGAUGGACAGUUCCUCCGUUACAUAGACUGUGGACUGGGUGAUCCCUGGGGACUGUGUACAGAUACAAAUGACAAUCUGUUUGUUGCUCAACUUAGGAAACAAAAAGUGAAGAAAAUCAAAUAUCUCCGCUGA